AUGCCUGGAUUUAUGAUGGAAUUACUUCGUCAGCAGAGAGAGAUGAUGGCAAUGAACCAGCAGCUCGUUGCGACGAUGCUCCGGAGAAUGGAUCUGGAGGAAGAGAGAAGGAACAAAGCGGAAGAGAAAGUUCACGAGGCAGCUGAAGCGGCCAAGCAGGCAGCAAAGGCAGCUAAGACUCGGGACCCCUUCCAGCCGAGCACUGCUCCCGCGAGCAGUUCUGCCGCGAGUUCGGCAGUUUCUCCGGCAGUUCCGUCUCCCUCUGGGUACUCUGGUGCUGGAGGCAUGGGGAAAGGGCGCAUGAAGGAGGUAGAAACUUGGCACUCCUUUAUGGAGACGCUGAGUUCCUGGCUUGCCCUGCAGGAAGAAGCGUUUGUUCGGGAACUGCAGCUCUGCAUCCCUGUGAAGAAGGAGAUUGUGCAAGCUGACUUGAAUCCCGAGACUGCAGCGCGUAGCUCCAAGCUGUUCUACUACUUGACGCAGUCCCUCGCCAAGUGGGAGCGGGGAAGCGAGCUCUUGAGGUCCUGCUCGAAGAGGCAGGGGCAGAGCGCUUGCGGCUACGAGGUGAUUAGAACGAUUACCUCUCAGUACUCCAUCGUGUCGCGGAUGGAAGCUGUCUUCGUGAGAGAACAGGCCUUGAAGUUGUACCAGCACGUUGGGCAUCUGAAGAGGCCCACCGACUUGAUUCGACAUCUUGAGGAUUCGUUUUCGAAGUCUGAAGCGAAGCUGAGCAACUUUCCGGAGCUUCAGUUGUCUGAGGCUGACCGCUGCUCUGUCCUUUUGCAGAGCUUGGGUGCAGAAGUGCGUCAGUACGUGGUACUGCACGGGUCCAGCUCGAACUGGGAAGCUCUUCGAAGGACGCUGACUUACUACGAGGAGCAGCUGCGACUGUGUGAGGCCCCUGGGUCUUCGGGCCGAGCCUUGCAGGAGAAGCUUUGCGACUACUGCGGGAAGAAGGGACACACAGCCGACAAGUGUUGGCAGCGCCAAAAGGAAGAACGCGAACGCGGUGGUGCUCCGAAGGGCAAAGGGAAAGGAGACAAAGGAAAGCCGAAAGGCAAAGGCGACCAGACUCCCAAGGGAUCUGGUACGCCCCGUGGUUCCGAGAAGGGCAAGGGCCGAGUCGGGAGGAAGCGCAACAGUGAUGGCGAUGAGGUUUUCCUGUCCUGGGCGUGGUUCUUCGGAGCCCUCUUCUUCGGAUUUCGUGUUGUCAAGAAGUACGACCAAACGGCCAAUCUGUUCAAUGCCUCGGGUGGUGCGAUCGUCGUUUCGGGGGUUGUCGACCUUGAGGUUCAUUUUGGAGAUGUUUUCCUGAGAUUGGAAGAGGUCUUGGUGGCGGAUGUUGGUUUCAACGUUGUUUCGCCUUGGACCGGGUCGGAACGGGGCUGGAAAACCUAUCUAGCCAAAUCGGGAUCACGAUUGUACAAAGGAAACGGAAAGAAGAGCAUCAAGCUGAUGGGCGCUUCGCGCGCCUGGUGGGCUCUGAGCGGGAGGUCCAAGGGCCGAGGGAAAGAGAAUUCUUCCAGACGCCCCCCGAAAGGGAUCGAGGAUAUGGAGAUAGAUGCCUUGAAGGACCGCGACCUGCUAGGAUCGAGCAAGGAGUCCACCGCAGGACCCCAGAAGCCUGGAGAAGGAAUCCUGAAGAAAGGAAGAAAGACUUCGGAAGAAGACGAGUCUGGCCGCCACGCUUUGGCUGCCACUCCUUUCGGGAAACAGUCGCAUGUUGGCAUGGUGCUUUGCAUGUUUUUGGCAUGUUUUUCCAUGGUUUUGCGAUGGCAUGUUUUCAUGAUGGACGUGGUUGUGCAAGCGCAGUGGGUUUUUGCUGCUGUGCUCAAGCGGGCUUUUACCCUUACGGUUUUUGCAGAAAGACUCGGCAUACGCCUCUUUUUCCUGCUAUGGGAAACUAUCUGGGCGGAUCAAAGCCAGAGUGCGAGUGCCGGUGCGAAGUGUGCGGAAAGCAGGUCUGCGUCAGACGCAAACCUGCGCACACCCAUCAUUAUUGCUGGGCCUGUAUCCAACACUGGUCGGGGGUGCAAUGGCUACGUGCCCACGACGAAGUUCCAGAUUCGCAGUAUGCUGAGAGCGAUGCUGAUGGUAGCAUUGCAGCUGGUUGGGUCUUGCUUGAUGGCAAGUGAAGAAGACAGAAGCAGAUGCGUGAGCCUAGGAAACAGCUGCGUGAACCUAGGUCUCCCUUUGGAGAUCAUAAUGGACGGUGCCAGCGGGGACGAGUUUACCCCGAGUGUUGCUUUGAGCAGCCCAGGCUCUCCUGGGAAACCGCCUACUCCACCGACUUUGGAGAGCCCCUCUUUCGAACUACCGGGGGUCGAGCCGCCGGGUGGGGGACCAUCGUCGCCGGUGGCGGUCUACCCGUCGCCAGUGGUGACGGAAGCAGCGGAGAGCUCUGCAGAUGGGCCUUCGCAGGCAGAUGCUGCUGGAAGCCCUGUGGAGGAAAAUGCUGCGAGGAGUCCGCCGAAGGCGGAUAUUGCAGAGAGCCCUUUGUUCUCCGAGAGCGAAGGGGAGGAGAGUUGGGGCACCCAGUGGCCGAAUCCUUCGAAGCGCCUGCGCGCUGGGGUUCCUUCAGAGGUCGAGGGGCCUACGCCACCGCGGGUUGGAAUCCCGGCGAAUAUCUCGCCGGGCUCGCUGAGCCCUCCGUUUGGUGCGCUUCAGAUGGAUGUGGGUCUCGGUCGACUCUACCGAGCCUAUUCCGUUGCUCUCGCACUUGGCGGGGAUUCCACAGCGAACAUGAACGAUGCCUACGAUGCCCCAUCCCUGGCGUUCUGUGCUCCAGGCCACGCCUUGAGAGCACUUUGCUCUCCGACGGCGACAAUGCUCGGUCCGAUAGGCCUGCCCGACCUCGAGCAUCCAGCUGCUUGGCUACCAGCCACUCCAGUGAUUCCUGUGACAGCGGCCUAUCCAGAGGAGCCAGUGAGGGUUUCGAGGCCGAAGAUGGUGGAAUCGGAAGCCCAAUGUAUCAUUGGGCAGCAGGAAUGGGAGGUUUGGUUGGGACGUUGCCUAGAGGGCAAGAGCCUAGCAGAGUACGGGCUUCAUAUGGAAGACGUGGAGUUCGCUGUCAGGGUUACCGAACUUCUGGAGGCUCCACGGGCCGCUCGGGCAGCGUGGAAACGAAGGUUCCAGGAACCCAACCCUGUAUCUAUGUUACACUAUAUCUUCCAUUGUCGAGCUGUUUUGCAAACCUAUUUGGCUACGCCUGCUGGAUACAAGGGACUGGUGGGAGGACGUUCGAGUCUGCUCGUAAAGGUGCCCCAGUCGGUCACCUCGCUCGAGCUCAAAACGGCUUGGGCAUACCUAGAUUCGGGCAUAUAUCUCCGUGGUGCCCGAUAUUACAGGCGAAAACGAGAGGAGGAGCGCCUCCACGAGGCCCGGGAAUCCAUGCGAGCGGCAAGGGCCAAAUCGGCAGCGAUCCCUCAGGGCGGUGUUGUGGACACCACCUCUUCGAGCUCCGACGAGGAGUCCUUGCUCCUUGGAGAAGGAGAAGUUACGGCGCUGAACAGGGCCCAGGGCCAAGAAGAUUUAUCCGACAUCGCCAUAUGGCGCACGUUGGAAGAACUUACAGGCCAGAGGCUGUCCCAAUUGGAUGGCUUCGUUGGGGCCGACGAGGGAAAUCAGCCCGCCGAGGCGGGACAGCCGGCACCGCCGAGCCCGGCUUCCUCGAUGCCACCUGGAGAACUGGUGGCUACUGCAUUCAAUCUCCCGAGGGUCUCAGCACCUACGCUUCCGGAGGGGAUGCAGAGGGAGGACUAUCAAAGACACGGCGUGAACAUCCCGCCGUCGGUUCCAAAAAGAUCUCGGCUACCAACGCCUCCGAGAGCUAUGAGUGCUUCUGCCACAGGACAGACUGCCCAGGAACGGGCAUUUGUGCUCAGCCCGCCAUCUUUAAGCCACAGUCAAGUGACUGCGCAGGUGAGGCAAGCCCUCGAAGAGGGCCAGAGGCUUUUGGAGUGA